AUGGCACAAACAUCCAACGCAUCGCGAGAUUUCACUUGCAGUCUACAUUCACUCCUUAAAACAGCCCUUGAUGCUAUCGGAGAUCGCCCGUUGCCCAAGACGGAAUUGCUUGCAAAUAUUUGCAUCAAGGAAAAGGUCUUUGAAAAAGAGUCCCCCUUUUCAACUGGUGGCUACUUUCACAUCGUACGGAGCCGGCCCUCUGACCUCCUAAAAUGUGUCGAUUCGAAGUUGAAGCCUAGCAUGAUCCAUCGAUUUGUGCUUCUUCAAUAUAAUACUGUCAUCCUACGAACGCCGAAGAGCAACGUCGAUCAGCCGGGGAGCAACGUCAAUCAACAUGUCGCCUCUGGCCAAUGUACACUGGACUCUCUAGCGACAGAGAUCCAAAUACUUAAGGACGAACGGCUCAAAAACCAUCCAAAUGUAGUGGAACUUCUUGGUCUCUGCUGGGAGUUUGGUAAUGACUUGCGCCGACUUGCGAUGCCUGUAAUGGUCCUCGAAACCGCCGAAGCUGGUGAUAUGUCCACAUACCUUCGACAGACGUCAAAAUUAGGAGCUCGAGACAGGCUUCGUCUAGCCAUUCACUGCUUCGAAGGGCUACGUGCAGUACAUGAUGCCGGAGUCAUUCAUGCAGACAUCAAACCAGAGAAUGUCUUGAUUUUCGCAGACACCGACGAGAGGCCACACGCAAAGCUUACUGACUUCGGAUCCUCCGUCCUCCUCAGCGAGGUUGAUGCUUUAACACGACUGAAAUCGGGAACACUGCUGUGGCAGAGUCCGAAGGUCUCUGAAGCACUCAAUGUGCGACAACUCCGCGCGGCUGACAUAUACUCAUUGACGCUGGUAACUUCGCUUUUGUUGAUCGGAUACCCCAUGGACGCCGUCUUCGAAGAGGUCGCAAGGUCCGGUGAUAGUGGAAAGUCCCUCGACGAACUCAAGGCCGAAGAAGGAGCCCUCGCUGCUCUCAUCUUGAGGAUGCAAAGCGAAGCCAAUAAAUUGCAGGGGACAUGCUUCAACAAAGAUGUCAAUGCACUUAUUGCAACGUUCUUCCGCUUGGAAGUGUCUCUCGGCGAGGAAAUAGCAAUUGCCGGAACUGAUCUACCUCUCAGACUAUUAAGAGCGAUGUUGCAUCGUGAGCUCGUUAUCGCGGUGACUGGAGAUGUUCGGAUCAAUGAUACCCUAGACGAGCUUGAGGAAGAUGUCUACCUCUGCCCAGAUAUAUUUCGCAUUGGAUUAGGCGAAGUGAUUGCACGUUGGUACACUGCUGCGACAGAUAUCAACCAACAAGCAGACCCGGAGUCGCCUGUGCCUCUACUUCGCCACCCAGAUGUAGCUAGGUCGAAAGCUUACACCGAAAGUAGGAAAAACAUGAACCUUUCACUUCCAACUGCGGUCACGAACUCUUCAUUGUCGACGGCGUACUUGACCCGACCUUCGCCUGCAGAGAGCAUCAUAUCGUUCAACCAAUAUUUCAGCAGGCUAAGGCGCCUGCCGGCACGGGUCACUAUGGAUUUUCAUGUCUCCCUCGGCCAAAUGGCUGAUUCUGGUCAGCUAGAUGAAAACUUACGUGGCCUCGCUUCUUACGAAAUGGCGGCCUUCAUCAUUGGAAGCCACAGGGUAGCCCCCUUUGAAGGUGAAUCCCUUCAGGACGCUGGCAAAUAUCUCCUUCAAGCUGCCGAACUUGGUUGUGAAGCUGCUCGCAUUCACGUUGGGACAAUACUAGACUGGAUCGGCAUGUCAAAUCCCAUCGACAAAGAUAUUGAGGCCGGCUGGCUUUAUGCGUCCGCCGUGGCAGGCAAUCUCCUCGCUUCAUCCAGACUGAAGAUUCUAAGUCCCCUUAGACACAUUGAAGCGAUACAAGAAAGGGUUGAUCUGGUGGCAUCCAAGAUUCUGGGUUCCCUUGUCAUUUCAUCCGCAACCUCGGAUCAAGAGUUCUCUGAAAGUGCUUUUCUUCAGGGCAGUCAAGAGCCGAUAUUGUUUCUUCCUGAUCUCUGCCUCUAUUUGGUUGGCAAAGGCUGGCAUCUCAGUUUUCAGGUGGUACUUCAACUACCCGGUAUUGACUUGGAUAUGGAUAUAGGCAAAGAUUCGACCCUUCUCCUUUGCGCUUGCCAAAAAGGUGACUAUGUGAUUGCAAGGCUUCUCAUUGAGCACGGUGCAACUCCUAAAGCAAACUCUGAUGGACUCACACCUUUACAUUACCUUCAUAGCUUCCCAGACGAACAAAUUCUUCCAAUAGCAAAGCUGCUAAAAGACUCGGGAGCAGAUCUGGAAGCACGGUGCGAACUACAGACACAGUGUACCAUCGGACAAACUGAUUUAUCCGACACUCUUCUGAGUGCAACAGCACUCCUAUUUGCUGUUGCAAAUCGAAAUCUUGCCGCAAUUUCUGCUCUUAUUUCUUUGGGCGCAGAUCCAUUCAAUGGUGCCAAGCCCUACGAAAAAUACGACCACGAUAUGCCUGACAAGCAGAGAGGCAGGAUAUAUUCGCCCGUGCAUUAUGCUGCGAGAUUGCAUCUAUCAGACGUACUGCAUGCGCUACUGCCACAGAACGAGAAGUAUGGGAAGCUCUGGGACUGGAUGUGCUAUGAAACACGAACUCUGAAAGUCACGCCUCUGUGGUGCGCGGUAGACUAUUGGUAUCAAGGUCUGUGGGACCGGGUCCUCCUCCACCGCAAGGAUCAUGUCACGCAAUGUAAGCAGACCAUCAACAUUCUCCUAAAUCGUGGCUCUCAAGGCCACGCUGUGUGCUAUGACACAAUUACACGAGCUCGCCAGUCUGUCUUCACGGCGGCGUGCCUCUUUGGACAACCUUUCGUAUUGAGUCAUUUACGCACCCUGGAGAUGGAACCUACGACCGAGAAUCUAAUCAUGACUUUACAAAAUGCCCUUGAGGUUGAGGACUCCAAAGCGAUCGGAUAUCUACUACCCAUCGCGGAGGAGGAAACAUCAAGCUCAGAGCAGGAAUUUGAACUCAAGGCAUCUAUUCAAGGCCAUAAAACAUCGGAUUACGUUGAAUAUCUCUAUCGUAUCAAAGAAAGACUCGGAGCAAAUUCCAAAUCAAAUCUCACGCUGGAACUGGUUCGGGAUGAGAAGCUAGUGGAAGUCAUUGGACCAAAUGAGGACCAGGAUACCAUUCAGCAGGGAACAUCUGCCGGUGGUUUUAAGAUGGAGUUUGCCUUCAGGCCAGGCCGAGGAGGACGCACAGUGAUGGAACCCAAGGGUGAGGCAAGCGCAAUGCCACCCAAAGGUACACCGCUUCCCCCAAACGAAGACGAGGGUCAAAUGUCCGCUUUCGAGAUCGCUCUCCUAGGUGGCUGUGAAGAACGCGCUCGCAAGCUUUACGAGGAGCAUUGCGACACGCUGUGCCGAAGAACAGACGCAAAUGGCCAGAGUACGACAUUCAUUGGCCGACUCAUUCAAAAAAGUCGGCGUUAUUCAACGGCGGAUAAACAGAUUUCGUUUCUACUGGAAUUAACACCACCGAGCCAUGAAGAAUUCUUUGAUCCCGUAGUGGAAAGUGAUGCCCCCACAAAACACAUGACCAUCCUUCAUCUCGCAUCGGUGAUCCCAGAAGGGGCUCUUACUUACACUCCAAGGGCUCCGCGCGAGAUAAUUUCCGACAUACUAAGAAAGUACCCCGAGCCUGAGUAUCUCAACGCUAUGACAUGUCCUAGCUCCGAGGCCUUCGCAGCCAUUCACCUUGCCGUUGAAACGGGGAAUCUCGACGCGUUAAAAGAAUUCGAAUAUGAAGAGCUCGACUGGAACAUUAUCGACGGGUCAGGCUGCACGCCCAUGGAUGUGGCGGGUCUGCGCCAACAGAACGUACACAACUUCUUGCAGAACACACGCAAACUCUCACGCGAUGAAAAUCCCUCAUAUUACCGCUACUCCGUCAAUGAGUAUCGAUCGAAUGUUGUUCGUAUGCAAGAAUUGCUAUUUCGCAAGGGUGGCAGACACAAGAAGUACGGCGGGUUCAUGUACCGCCGUAGUGAAGAUAUCUGGGAGCUAACAGAAUUCCAAAAUUUUGUCUGUAAGGAGGUUCGGCUGAUGGAGCAUCUGCAGCUCAUUGAACAGAACCUGGCAGAUCGAACGGAUUCGAAUUGGAGGGCACAUGUUGAGAAGCUGCGUGCGUGGAGUAAGCUUAAGGUUGACGAGAGUAUGCUUUGUCCACUUUUGUCCGACCUCAGGCCAGGCACAGGAGGACACACGAUGAUGGAACCCGAGGGUGAGCCAAGCGCGAUGCCACCCAAAGGUACUCCUUUACCCCCAAACCAAGACAGAAGGGAGGGUAAGCGUCUGUGCCAUAUUGUGUGA